AUGGACACGACGGAUCCAUAUUCUGCUGUGCGAGCAAUUUUAUGCAAAUUCCCCACUGACGAGAAUGCCAAGGAUUCGAUGGAGCAACGUGAUAUAAAAGCGCAACGAAUGCAUGUCAAUAUACUGAAUAUUGUUGAGCAACUGAAUAGUUUAAAAUCAUCUUACAGUGGACAAAUGAAUGCAAAUCGUGCCGAGAAGGAACAUCUAUUGCUUACACUACAUGGAAUGGAAACAGAUACAGAAAGAAGAAAGUUGGAUUUGAAAGAGAAAGAAGUUGAGUUAGAGGAUUUGCAGCAGCUCUCUGAAAUGCGACGAAAUAUCGUCGGUGAGCAAAAAAAGCAAUUUGAGUUAUUGAAAAUUGCUGAGGAGACAAGCAAAGAAAACUGGGUUGGAGAUACUACGGAUGGCCACUAA